AUGACAUCACGUUUGAGUCAAGAUCUGCAAUUAAAGAUUCACGAACAAGACAUCGAGAUAGGCGCAACAUGCACUCAGAACACCUACUAUACAAAAGCAACAAUUGGUUCCAGAUUCAACGGAUAUUGUGCAACCCUAAAUUUCUUAGUCAUAGAAAGGGUUACAAGAAACCUACCAGUCCUUACGAAAGCAGAUAGGCCUUGGGAGAUACCACCUAACCUUAAAUUAGCGGAUCCAGAGUACCAUGCAGGCGGUGAGGUCGACAUCGUUAUCGGAAUUGGACUCUUCUGGAAUCUGAUUUGCAUAGGACAAAUUAGGCUAUCCCGAGGACUUCCAGUGUUGCAGAAGAUGAAACUAGGCUGGAUAAUAGCCGGUGAUCUUCCCAACGUUUUAGGUGAUCUUCGCGCAAUGUGCAAUCUCAGCCUCAGCAGAUUGGAUACUCAGAUUGAGAAAUUCUGGAACAUUGAAGAAUCUCUCAAUCAUCACCCUAUCUUAUCAUCAGAGGAAGCUCGGUGUGAAGAGCUAUUCAAGAAGGAUGUUACCAGAGACAACGACGGCAAGUUCAGCGAUAAUUAUAUUCCGCAUUCAUGA